UGAGCGUCGCCAUGGUGUCAACUAGGCUGCAUAUUGUGCUACAAGCGACAGCAUUAGCAGUGGCUUUGCUAAAAUAGAACUGAGCAGCAAUAACAUUUGUCUUCUCUUGGAGCGACUGGCGUCGGGAAAACAUUGUUGUGAAGCGACUACAAAAUAUCCUUUGAACUAAAUGGCCUUUUGUUCUGGAACUUAGAAUAACGAUUUGGUUUACACUUCAGCUUGCAUGGAUUAGGUGAAUGGGGAACACCCCCUUCUACUCUGCCUACAGUAAGCAAUAAUGGUGGGGACGAACCUGACAGACCUGACACUGAAGAAGAAGAAGGUGACAUUAAGAGAGCUGGGAGGCUGCAUGGGCCCCAUAUGGCCAUGUUACUACAAAGACUGCUCCUCUGUCAUUUUCAUGGUGGACCCAUCCAACAUUGCCCAGGUAUCCUCCUCCUGCAUCCAACUGCUUUCAGUCCUGUCUGCUGAGCCUCUGUGCCGUGCCCCUGUGCUUAUCCUCUUCAAUAAAAGAGACAUGCCUUGCACUAUGAGUCUCACAGAGUUAAAGUCCCUGCUCAGAAUGGAUGACAUCAUUGCAUUUGCUUCUCAGCCAAUCACAUCACUUGAACUCAGUGCUCGCACUGGACAGGGACUGCAGGAGGUGCUGACUUGGUUGGAGAACAUCGCAGUGAAGUGAACAAUCUUAUGUUUGAACCAUAUAUAUGACUACCUAGAGUUCUAAAAGAGCUGUCAGUACCCUCAGUGUGCAAACAGUUCUCACAAAAUCUCUAUGACAUUUAAUGCUGGACUCUGAAAAAACAGGACAACACGUGAAGAGACGCACAGCUAAUAGUGUAACUUUGGUACCAUAUUCAGUGGAUAUGGUGGCACGGGAGGAGAAGUAUGUGUUAAGAUAUCAGUGAUAUCACUGCAAGGUGAAAUAAUUGUUGAUUAACUGUUGUAAAAUAUGUUAAUUCAACACUCCUCUGUGACUAACAAUCAUCUAUACCAGUCAUUUUUACUCAUUGAACUUUAGGCACAACUAGGGGACUGCUGGAUUAGAUCCUGUAAUGUGGUCAGUGGAUUUGUAUGUUAUCCUAAUAUUAAAAUAAAACCUUCUGUUACUUCUA